UUUGACACACUUUGCAUGACAUGGGAAAUGCCUCGCGUUGUCUGGAAAGCUGCGCUGCCGAGCGGCUGAAUUGAGAACACAAUAACAUAGAGACUUGAGAGAGAGAGAAAGAGAGAGAGAGAGAGGAGGGGACCUGAUUCCAGUCAUUUCUAUCCCAGCUCCUCUCCCACUUUGCUUUUGAGAGAUGAUCACGGAGCUGGUGUGCACCGCCGUGGCAGUGGGUCUCUAUCUGAACACGCUGGACGCUGAUUUCUGCUACGAUGACAGCCGAGCCAUCAAGACCAACCAGGACCUUCUUCCUGAGACUCCGUGGACCAACAUCCUGUAUGACGACUUCUGGGGCACCCUGCUCACCCACAGCGGCAGCCAUAAGUCCUUCCGUCCACUCUGCACCCUCUCCUUCCGCCUCAACUACACCCUGCACGGCCUGCGUCCGUGGGGCUACCACCUGCUGAACGUGGUGCUGCACGGCCUGGUCACCGCCCUCUUCACGGCCUUCAGUCGCCCGCUCCUGGGUGGAGGAUUGUGGAGCCUGCUGGCUGGUCUUCUUUUUGCUUCUCAUCCGGUUCACACCGAAGCAGUGGCUGGUGUGGUGGGGAGGGCGGACGUCGGCGCUGCUUUGUUUUUCUUGCUGUCUCUUCUCUGUUAUGCGAGACACUGUGGACUUCGUAGGGAUCCGCACGGGGCCUUCGAGACAAGGAGAUGUGGAAGCGGCUCAGUCACCUGGUGCUGGGGCUGGAUGCUUGGAAGCCUGUGGUGUGCAGCAGCCAGCAUGCUGUGGAAGGAACAGGGGGUGACGGUGCUGGCGGUGUCGGCUAUUUAUGACCUCUUCGUGUUCCAGAGACUUCGAUUUCGCCAAGCACUUCUCCUCCUGUUGGGAAAGAAAAAGAACAUCAGUGUUUUGCUGAGUCUCGGCAUGCUGGCUUCCUGGGGAGUGAUUCUGCUGUCAGCUCGUCUCUAUUGGAUGGGCAACAAGCCUCCCAACUUCUCCAACUCUGACAACCCUGCAGCUGACUCGCCACACUUCCUCACGAGAACACUAACGUUCCUCCACCUGCCCGCCGCCAACGCCUGGCUCCUGCUUUCCCCCGACAAACUCAGUUUCGAUUGGUCCAUGGACGCCGUGCCCUUGGUCAGAUCCUUGGCUGACUGGAGGAACCUUCACACUGUUGCCUUCUAUGGUGGAUUUAUCCUUCUGGCUUUGUUUGGCCUUCGUGGUCACACCUCCAAAGCCAAGGAAACCAAUGGGAAAGCCCAUAUUACUAAUGGGAAAUCAAUCACUAACGGGAAUGGUUUCCAUGCUCCUGACACAAACCAUAACACAGACCAGGGGCCGCCAAAGACCACCCUGAACGGGUCAGCUGGACUUCACCACUGCCCUCCACGGACAUCCCUGCCCCCUACAGAAAACCUAGUGCUAUUUUCAUUAAGCAUCCUGUCAAUGCCUUUCAUCCCAGCUACCAACCUAUUCUUUUAUGUAGGUUUUGUAAUUGCAGAGAGGGUCCUAUACAUUCCCAGUAUAGGCUUUUGUUUACUGGUUGCUGCUGGUGCAAGAACCUUAUAUGUCAGACUGAGGACUAGAGGCUGCAAGGCCUUACUGUUGUGUCUCUGUAUGGGACUAGUGCUGCUGAAUGGACUCCGAACUGUUCAAAGAAACAGGGACUGGAGCGAUGAGGAGAAUCUCUACAAGUCUGGGAUCAGUGUAAAUCCUGCCAAAGCCUGGGGAAACUUGGGGAACGUACUGAAGAACCAAGGCAAGAUGGCAGAGGCGGAGAAGGCGUACAGAAACGCUCUGCACUACCGAGGGAACAUGGCUGACAUGCUGUAUAACCUAGGUUUGCUGCUGCAGGAGAAUGAGCGUCCUGCUGAAGCGCUGCAUUAUUACAAACUGGCCAUUGGGAGUCGGCCAACACUGGCAUAGGCCUACUUGAACACAGGAAUCAUCCUGAUGAACCAGGGCAACCUGGAAGAGGCCAAACGCACCUUCCUUACUUGUGCCGACAUUCCUGAUGAGAACUUGAAGGACCCCCACGCCCACAAGAGCUCCGUCACCAGCUGCCUGUACAACCUGGGAAAACUGCUCCAUGAACAGGGCCAGCAGGAGGAGGCCCUGUCUGUUUAUAAGGAAGCGGUGCAGAAAAUGCCCAGACAGUUUGCACCACACAGCCUUUUCAACAUGAUGGGAGAGGCCUACAUGAGGCUGAACAGGCUGGAGGAAGCAGGCCACUGGUACAGAGAGUCCCUCAGGGCCAAGCCUGACCACAUCCCUGCCCACCUCACUUAUGGCAAACUCCUGUCCAUCAUUGGGCAGAAGACAGAAGCAGAGAAGUACUUUCUGAGAGCUGUUCAACUAGACCCGACAAAAGGAAACUGCUACAUGCACUAUGGUCAGUUUCUGCUGGAGCAGUCUCGUCUUGGCGAGGCUGCAGAGAUGGCAGAGAGAGCUGCGGAGCUGGACAGCUCAGAGUUUGAUGUGGUCUUCAGUGCUGCUCACAUGCUAAGGCAGGCCAGUCUAAAUGAGGCAGCAGAGAAGCAGUAUGAGCGAGCAGCCAGCCUCAGACCAGAUUACCCGGCUGCUCUGAUGAACCUUGGUGCCAUCCUCCACCUGAAUGGGAAACUUCCCGAAGCGGAGGCCAACUACCUGCGUGCACUCCAGCUCAAACCAGAUGAUGUCAUUACCCAGUCCAACCUGCGCAAGCUGUGGAACAUCAUGGAGAGGCAGGGACUCAGGACUAAGCAUGGGCUUGGGACGCACAAGAGCGACCUUUGAACAGAGAGAGUCACUGCACUGUUCCCUCAGUGGUGAUGAAGCGUCCUGCAGAGAAUGAAGCAGGAAAGAGCUGGAAGCUAAAAGCUCUCUGUACAAGACAGGAAAGACAACUCCUUUAGAGUUGUGGCCUGUGAUGCUUGUGGAAGACAGUUUGAGGCUCGGCACGUUUGGGAUUGAAGGGGCAGGUUCUGCCAAACAAUGCGUCAACAUUGGUACUAUACGAUGGCUCAAACUACUAAAACUAAUGUCAUCUUUUGUAUAGCAUUUUAUCAUGUGAUGCUCAGUUAAAUUAUACAGUGAAGUCAAAGGCAAGUAACUGCAACGUCCAAAAAAAAUACGUUGAGAUUGAAGAUCUUAAAUAUGAGCUAUGAUGAAAAUCUUGGGUUUUAGAGCACUUAAUCUGAAUGAGGAUGUAGCAAAAGUAUUUAAAUUAUUUCUGAUGAAUGGGUUUUGAAGUUGUCAACACUGACGAGAACUCCUCCGAUUUUACACAUCAGUCUGUUUGCAGGUCUUGGGGAGAACUGCUGCAUAUGUGAAAAGAGUUGUGUAAAGUCUUCUGUGGCUCCAGACAGAGCUCUGCAAAAACCUCAAGUGAUGUCACUUCAAUCAGCAUCAGUUUGGUCUGAAGAUGACAAAAAAAUCUGGGGAGGUUAGAAAGAGCUUACCAGACCUCUGCAGCCCGCUCCUCAUCUCUGCUUGAGGUUCACAGCUCAAGGCUACAUUAGCCACUGCGAGCAUAAAACACAUGAAUAUCCCACCGAACGGCUGGUGGUCGAGUUGUAUUACUGGUGAUGUAGACACCAGGUUUUUACAAGGAAGAAAGGAAGAACUUCUUUUGCUGAACUGUUGAUUGCAAAAUCGGUGGAGUCCUCUUUUUUAAAAAAAAAAAUGAAAAUGAAAUCCCUGAUUAAUUUCUGUCAGGGUGAUCUAGCCUUGAACCUUUACUCUUAACAUAGUAAAUACUUAGCAUUAAAGGCAUGCCAGUGCUGAGACAUCUUCAGGUACUACCCUCUAACACAGUGCUCUAUAGUACAUUUCUCCCACCAAGUACCAAGAACAGGUUAAAUCAUAACGCGUAUCCAGUCGCAUUCUGUUGUCUGAGUCACUGAAGAUGGUUUGCACCAGGUGCAUUUUAGACGCUUGUGACUGUAAAAAUGUAAACAGAUCAUAAGAAAACUCCUCAGCGGUGCCAAAGCUUGUACUGAGUCUUUACGCCUCUCGUGCCAAGCAAGAAGUGUUGUCACUUAUGUGUUGUGUUUCUUGUGUCAAAUGAAGAUGUUUCAUUUCAUGUGAUCAAAUGAUCAAAUUUAAUUUAUUAAUACGUUUAAAAAAAUGUUAUUUUAUGUGAAAAAGCCAACACUGUGCCGUUUCACUGUCAUAUUAGCCCACCCACUCUCGUUCCUCCGAAUAGAUAGGCUAAAAUAGGCAACAUGACAAUGACAUUAAAAAUGUUUUUUAUUAUAUGUGUUGUUAUUUUUUUCUCUCUGCUCAGGGACAUCAGGUUGUGAUUCCUGUCACAUAAAGGGUUUUGUGACACAGAGAGAGCUUCUUAAAAUGAUAUUAGAUGUUUUUGAUGAUUGUGAUGUUUGGUUAAAUUAUAGAAAAUGUGUAGCUGAAAAUGUGUCGUGUUUUGUAAA